ACUCCUCAUGGCGCCUUCGGCGGAGGCGAAGCGCCUUGAAAAUUUGGAGUCUGGAAGGGCCAAACCUAAGGAGGAGGUGCUGUCAGAGGCCAGUACUUUUGUCAGCACGAACGGUGGAGACCCCAGUGACCAGUUUUUAGUACUGGCUCACUGCAAACUUCAGUUUGGGAAGUACCAGGGCCAGAGAUUUAGAUGGCUCCUGGAAAACUCUCUGGGGUAUGCCGUGUAUUUGGUGCUCAGCAUUUCCACUGAGACAGCGCAGGCAACACCCCUGUCACAAAAUAAACAACUGUUCCUACAGUACACUUCUCAAAUUAGAGAGAUGGCAGAAGAAGUGGAAAAGUAUCAGAGGAAGCAGGAAAUGCAGGCAGAAGCCCGGGCAACUGGAGACCAGGGCUGCUUGAUGGUGGAGUUUGGUGACUUCCAGGGCCGCUCCAUGAAAGAUGUUUAUGAGGACCAGAGCAAGGAGGCUCAAGCCCUCAUCAGGUACCUCAUUAAGGCAGAUGCCAGGCCCAAAACCAACAUGGCCAUUUUCAAGACAUAUGUCCUGAAAAGACGGGCUUCUGCUGUGGUCACCAGCGUACGUCAGCCUGCACCUCACGCUGCAACCUCCAGUGCUUCUGCAACCACUGCACCUCCACCUGCACCUAUCCAAACUGGUGUACAGAAGACCGCAACUGUGAAAGCGCUGUUGGCGCGUGGCAAAAAUUUGUCUCCUUCACAGCUGGCGAAAAAACUCACGUCACCAGUUAAACCCUAUCCAUUAUUGCAGUCCACUUUACCUCCUCCAGCAGCAGAACCCCCAGCCAAACAUUUGACCCCGAUACAGCUUUUCGCUACUGGCAAGUCCGUUCCCACUGCUGAAGAUGACGAUGAGGAGCUGGUAUUUGCUGCAUCACAAUGUGAAGCACAGCUAAAUACAGAGGACUGUGCUGCUCCAUCUCCAUCAGUGGAAACUGCCAAGGCACCAGCUCCUUCACAUCACCGGCCACCAGCUGAGCUUCCAAGUCACUGGAAAGAUCAACUUCCACCUUUCCAGCAUGAGUGGAUCCGGAACACACUGUUUAAGGCCAACCCACGAACCGGCAAGCCAGAACUAGUGUCCCAGCUGAAACUUUGGUGGUAUCCUCCUCAGCCCCCUUUAAUAAACACUCAGCCCCCUGCCUCACCUGACCUCUUCUUCUGUCGGCCCCUUUUCUUAUGGAUAACGCUGAAGAUGUGGUUAUUUCCUCUCGUCUGUGUUCGCCCAGACUGUGGUAGGCACAGACUAACUGCGGCAGGAAUUUACCGUACCGUGCGUAAGGUCUUGGACAUCGACGGGUGGUAUGACCUUGCCACUGAGUAUCUGGAGUGCAAACGCUGCAAAAAGAAAUAUCCUGCCUGGUCCGAGGACAUCCUAGGACAGCUGGAUAUGGGCCACCGCAGUCAGUUUCCAGCUUUGCUGACAUACAGAUACUCAUGUGACAACCGGGUGCUGAGGAUGAUGAGGGAGAGGACACUGGGCAACAGUGUGACUCAGCUUUACAGGAAGCUGAUGGAACAGCACAGUGAGGCAUGGACACAGCGUGUCUUGCAGUACCUGACUGCCUGUGAACCAUUCACAAGGUCCUCCCUUGUGCAGCCUCCUGUGUUUGCUGAUCCUCCACUUUUACCUGCUUUGCCUAAACCUAAGUGGCUGUUAGCCGUGUAUGCCAGGGAUGUUCUGGGGCGACUGCACGAGGUCAAGGCCAAAUUAACAUCUGUCUUUGGCUGUGUUCUCAAGAUGGAUUCGACAAAAAAGGUCACAAAGAAACUUGCCGGUGCUGCUUCAGGAACAGCUGCCUGGUGCACAAAUGUCGGAAACGAACACGGCCAGGUCCUUGUCUCUGUGCUGACAGCUGCCGAGGGACAUGGACUGGACUCCAUGGCAGCUGGUCUGAUGAAACGCUACCGAGAGGCAGGAGAGGCAGCCCCAAAAGUGAUGUACGUGGACAGGGACUGCUGCAGUCAGUACGGCCAAUCGCGGGUGAAGAUCAUGUUUUUGGAGUGGGAUGAGCUUGUAGUGCGCCUCGACAUCUGGCACUUCAUGCGGCGAUUUGCUGCAGGUGUCACGACAGAGGCUCAUCCGCUCUAUGGGAUCUUCAUGGCACGUCUGUCCACGUGCAUCUUUCAGUGGGAUCCAGAGGAUGUGGCUGCUCUUCGCUCCGCAAAAGAGGGUGACCUGGCGGCAAAGAAGACUGGCCACAUCUCAGAAAAGGCGGUCAGUGCUCGCAUUACCCGGAGGGAGUUGGCACUGCACUGCCGGAGGAGGACCAGGGGGGUGGAGGAGACCACCAGAUUGAUUGGGUCACUGAUUGAUCAGUUUGACAGUGCGGAUGGGAAGGACACCCUGGGAGUUCCUCUGCUGGACCACGAACGGAUCCAGCAGAUAUGGAAGGAACAGCGCAAGCACGUCCAGUGUAUCCAAGACCCAGAGGACUUUCCGCUGUACAUGAAGACAGGGACACUGAAGAAAGGCGGCGUGGAGCUGUGCUGCUACAGGUGUGCUCGUGGCUCUACCUCCUUGGAGUCAUUCCACCUCCACCUGAACCGUUUUAUUCCAGGAACCAGUGCCAGCGAUGCGCAUUUUCAGGCCUAUCUCCUUGAGGGCUUGAUGCGUUGGAAUGAUGACCGAAUGGAAGACGCCAUAAAACGGGCGUCCUCCAUUCGGACAUAUGGCAGUGCCAUGAGCGAGGCUGUUGACCGGCUUAGCCGAACAGUCUUUGGGAAGCCCUGGGAUGAGCGCUAUCGCCCUCCUGGAGCAUAUACAGACUGGCAAAACACUGACUCCAGUGCUCCAGAACCCAGAGGAGGAAGACCGGUUGGUGGAGGAGGUUGA